UGACUUCCACCAACUCCAGGUCGGACGUCGUGACCCUCACAGCUUAUAGAUUGCCUUCUGGUGACUUCCAAAAGUCCCGUGCGACCCUCACGGAUUGGAGGCCAUUGGUUUUGCACGAUCUGUUGCGGAGCCUUCAUGGUCUCUGUUGGAGAGAGGGAAGGAGGAAUGAGUUCGUCCCAGGACUCGAGCAGAACCAAACCUAGAAGUGGUAGCCCGGAUCCUGUGAGCGCCAGGCCGAAGUGGAGUUCUCGCGUCCUUGGCUGAUUCUGGCCUUUCCCCAAGGUUCCCAGGUCACGUGACCUGCGGGGCCGCAGGUAACUCUUCCGAGAGGGCGGGGGCGGGCAACCGCCCCGCCCAGCGGGACGCUGCGGGCGGGUCUCAGCUGCGCCCACUGCGCCAGCCCAGCCGCAGGUGCCGCCCCUAACACACCGGGGCCCGCCCAAGCUCAUCCGCGUCUGCCGUCGGUCGGUGCGUGCGUGCGCUUCGUCGGUCCGCGUGUGUGUGGCCGAGCGCCCCCUUCCUCUGCGGCCAUGACUCCGCCGCCGCCGCCGCCCCCACCCCCCGGCCCAGACCCCGCAGUAGACUCCGCUACAGACCCCUACGCUGGGCCUGGAUCGCUGGUCGUCCUGUUUGGGGCCACAGCCGGUGCGCUGGGGCAAGACCUGGGAUCGGACGAGACCGACUUAAUCCUCUUGGUUUGGCAAGUGGUGGAGCCGCGGAGCCGCCAGGUGGGGACGCUGCACAAGUCGCUGGUUCGCGCCGAGGCGGCUGCACUGAGUCCACAGUGCCGCGAGGCGAGCGGCCUGAGCCCCGACAGCCUAGCGCGGGCCGAGUCGCUGGACAAGGUGCUGCAGCAGUUCUCACAGCUGGUGAGCGCAGAUGUGGCUCUGCUGGGUGGGGGCCCCUAUGUGCUUUGCACUGAUGGGCAGCAGCUGUUGCGACAAGUCUUGCAUCCCGAGGCCUCCAGGAAGAACCUGGUGCUCCCCGACACCUUCUUCUCCUUCUACGACCUCCGCAGAGAGUUCCAUAUGCAGCACCCAAGCACCUGCUCUGCCAGGAACCUCACAGUGGCCACUAUGGCACAGGAUUUGGGAUUAGAGACAGAUGCCACAGAGGAUGACUUUGGGGUCUGGGAAGUGAAGACAAUGGUAGCUGUCAUCCUCCACCUGCUUGAAGGGCCAAAUGGUCAAUUAUUUUCGAAGCCCGAGGUGGUAAAGCAGAAAUAUGAGACGGGGCCUUGCAGCAAGGCUGAUGUGGUGGACAGUGAGACUGUGGUACGGGCCCGUGGGUUGCCCUGGCAGUCAUCAGACCAGGAUGUGGCUCGCUUCUUCAAAGGGCUCAACAUUGCCAGGGGUGGUGUAGCACUGUGCCUGAACGCCCAGGGCCGCAGAAAUGGUGAGGCCCUCAUCCGCUUUGUGGACAGCGAGCAGCGGGACCUAGCGCUGCAGAGACACAAGCACCACAUGGGCAUCCGCUAUAUUGAGGUAUAUAAAGCCACAGGGGAGGAAUUUGUCAAGAUAGCUGGGGGCACAUCACUAGAGGUAGCUCGUUUCCUGUCACGGGAAGACCAAGUGAUCUUGAGGCUACGGGGACUGCCCUUCUCAGCUGGGCCAACAGAUGUGCUAGGCUUCCUGGGGCCAGAGUGUCCAGUGACUGGAGGUGCCGACGGACUGCUCUUUGUACGCCACCCUGAUGGGAGGCCAACUGGGGAUGCCUUUGCUCUCUUUGCCUGUGAGGAGCUGGCACAGGCUGCACUGCGUAGGCAUAAGGGCAUGCUGGGUAAGAGAUACAUUGAACUGUUCCGGAGCACUGCAGCUGAGGUGCAGCAGGUCCUAAACCGCUAUGCAUCCAGCCCACUCCUUCCUACGCUUACUGCUCCACUGCUGCCCAUCCCCUUUCCACUGGCAGCUGGGACAGGGAGGGACUGUGUACGCCUUCGAGGCCUGCCCUACACAGCCACUAUCGAAGAUAUCCUGAGCUUUCUGGGGGAUGCAGCAGCUGACAUCCGCCCCCAUGGUGUGCACAUGGUACUCAACCAACAGGGCCGACCAUCCGGUGAUGCCUUCAUCCAGAUGACAUCAGCAGAACGUGCCCUAGCUGCUGCUCAGCAUUGCCACAAGAAGGUGAUGAAGGAACGCUAUGUGGAAGUGGUUCCCUGCUCCACAGAGGAGAUGAGCCGCGUGCUGAUGGGGGGCACUCUGGGCCGCAGUGGCAUGUCCCCUCCACCCUGCAAACUGCCCUGCCUCUCGCCGCCCACCUACGCCACCUUCCAGGCCACCCCAGCCCUCAUUCCCACUGAGACAGCAGCUCUGUAUCCCUCUUCAGCAUUGCUCCCAGCUGCCAGGGUGCCUGCUGCCCCCACUUCUGUUGCCUACUAUCCAGGGCCAGCCACUCAACUCUACAUGAACUACACAGCUUACUACCCCAGCCCCCCAGUCUCCCCUACCACUGUAGGCUACCUUGCCACGCCCCCUGCUGCCUUGGCCUCUACUCCCACCUCAGUGUUGUCCCAGCCAGGAGCUCUGGUCCGCAUGCAAGGUGUCCCAUAUACUGCCGGUAUGAAGGAUCUGCUCAGUGUCUUCCAGGCCUACCAGGUGAGUUUGUGCAGCUGGAGGGUUUCAAGGCCAGAUGAGCUUGGAAGUCCUUGCCCUAAAUCUGUGUCUCUUCUACAGUUGGCCCCUGAUGACUACACUACUCUGAUGCCUGUUGGUGAUCCAUCUCGCACAGUGUUACAAGCCCCCAAGGAAUGGGUUUGUUUGUAGGAGGAAGGCAGGAAGAGUUAGCUAACAUGCUUGUCUUGUGUCCAGAGUGCCCUCAAUCUGGUGGCUGCUUCUUGGCUUGUCAAAGCUCUCAGAUGGCACCCAGAGGAGACCAAGCAAGGUCCAUCCCCCACUUAUUUCUCUGCCUGUUCAUUGCAAAGAUGAUGGGUAUCUUGCAUUCAUGGCUGGGGGUGAAAUGGGGUGCCCUGCACCCGAAGGUGUGACUGGACCUCUUGAAUGGCACCUAGAGAGUCUCUGGUAAUCCUGGCUAGGCCUAUGCCUAUGUGCUUGCUUUUUAAAAUGUAAGUCUUGGUACCCUCCAUGUAUGACUCCUGGGAGAAUCAAGGGUCCCUCUGAGCUUCUUGAGUAGAGAUCUAUUCCUCCUGCUCCUCCUAUGGGGGAGCAGGGAGGCAAAGUGAGUCCCUGCCCUCAGGAUACUUGGACCUCAGAAACCAUGCUGUGCCAGGGGUGGCCCCCCCUAAAGAUGCUAGUCAGGCACAAGGAACAUUAGAUGGCAAAACCAUAAGCUCUUCUGGACUGUGCUGCACUAUUUCCAGAGAACACUAGAGGGCAUGAGGCUCCCUCACAAAAAAACUCAGGCUUGAAUUUUAAAGGAGAUUUUCUUCCAAACACCUUGAGAAGGCCAGCUGUAUAGAACCCAGCAAACACCAUGGAAUGUCCUUUGCACCCAUUAAAGGGUGAAGAACUGAAGCCUCAGAAGGAAUCUGGAACUGUCUUCUCCAGAGUGAACAAAAGUUCCUGUCCAAGUGGACUUUAAAAGCCGCAGUGCCCCAGAGUAAAGGGCCCCACACCAGCCCCAGGUGGAGAAAAACUCAAAAGACAGUUUUCAAGGAGACUGUCAAUCUGUUGCCGUUUAUUAUUUCAGCACUAAAACUGACGAGGAGCCUGAACUGCUGGCUCUUCUUCCCUUUGUGUAAGGAGUACUGCACUCCUAUAAAAGGUUUUAAAAUACAAAAUGUACAAGAAAACAAUCCCAGGUGCUGUAAACAUAACUGAGAACCAGUUUCUUUACUAAACAUCCGUUUUAUAAAACACAAGGUUUCAACUUGAGCCCAUCUGAGUCUUAAAAGUUGACUAUCUGUUCUAUAUAUCACAAAUGGCUUCACAAAGCCAGGCCUAGCAGAGAACUGGUGAUAGUGGCUGGCCCUGGGGUAGGAUGGGGGGAGUUGUACCCCAGGCAGCAGCACCACAUGUGAACUCAAAGACAUCGCUUCCUUUUUAAAGCUGUUUUCAGCCACAUUUCUCUAUUAAGCAGAAGGCUGCUCAUUCUAUUCCUCAACCCAAGAUUGAGCACAGGUUGAAGAGGGAAGGGUGCGUAGCACAUGCCCAGUUGCUCAGUGCUGCUACUAGAAAUCAAUUUGCAUAGUCCAAUGGAUGUGUGCUUUAACAACACUAUGUUGCACAAAAAUGUAAGUCAUUAUCUACAAAGCCCAAAAAUACUCUUACAUGAAAGCUUUUACAAAGCUGAUAUAAAACUGCUUAUAUAGUAUACAAAGCUCUUUUAAAAUUUAACUUUUGUUUUAAGUAGGAAAGCAUUUCUAGCACUACAGGCAUCAAGGUAUUUAAAAGGCAUCAAAAUUUGGUGCAUAGCAACUCUGGAUCCUAGAGGCUUUUAAUCUUGAGGGCAGCAAAGCAGCCCCCAAAGGGUCUUGCAAAGACCCCAUUGUGAGACAGCUACCCUAGGGGCAAGAGGGUAGAAACGAGUCUGGACAGGUCUCUGGAACUUCACUUGAGAGACCAACCUCUUUUCCCCAAAGGAAGCUGUGGGCUUCCAAUCACAGGCCCUGAAGCAAAUCUCACUAUCCACACUGACAAAUAACUUACUUUCAAAGAAAAUUUGGAAACACUAAGCUCUAGGAGUGGCCAGGGUGAUCAUUACUGAAGGAUAAACUGUUCUCUAGUUUUAGGGAGAAAUCUAAAACAUUAUGGUAAAACAACACAAAAAAAAGCCCACACUUCUUCAUCCUGGGUUUAUAACUUCUACCCUGCUAACUAGAGGUGGUGGACAACAGGCCAGCCUCUUGCUCAGCCCUGACUGAGACCUUAGUAGACAAGAGUCCUGGCAUAGAGGAUCUGCAGUCCCAUGGAAUAACAGCGUUAAGUCUGCAGCCAGCCCAGCACAGUUUCACAUGUAGGCACUCAAAAAUUUUGCUUCCUGAAUAAACAAACAUGGUUUCAUUUGAAAACAUACUGCAAAAUUCAGGGGCUCUGAAACAGGCCCAGAAAUAGGUAACAAAUCCCACUGGAGGGAGAGGGGGCAGGGUAGGUGUCCAACUUGGACACCUCCUUUGGUAGACAGCAGGCUGAAGUUUCUGUUGGCCCCUGCCUUAGACACUAGUCUCACCAGCAGCAGCACCAGGGCAUCUUUGGUGUGCCUUCAGGAGAAAAGGCUGAUUUCUAGGUCAUACAAACAGGACUGGGUAGACCAGAAUCAUCUCAGGCUGUAAACAGAAUGGGGGAUAAGCCUUCCCAUCUGGAAUCCUGCAUUUUCUCUGCUCAUCUUCAUGCACAGCUCAUUUAUGCUUAGCUCCUGAUAUAGCUGGCCUGGCCUCCAGAGAAGAGUUAGAACUGCAAAGCUGCCUGCACUAUCAGGACCUGUGUGGACUCAAAGGUUACAUACAGAACAAUCAAAGGCAGAAACUCCCGCUUGGGGCCAGAGGACAUGAGCGGGAAGCGUACUCCACAGAUUACUAGUUUUAAGGAUGACAAAAAAUGAAAGCUACUAAACAAAAAUCUCACCUUUCAGUCACCUUAUAAGUACCAUCACCCAAGGUGCUGGUAUAGGGGGUGAUGAGGAAAGCAGUUUUUUAACAUGGAGCUACUAUGGAGAGACUGCAGGAAGAUUAGCUAGAAAGUUACAAAAAGGCUAUACUCUGGAAUGUCUUUAUAUUCCAACAUUCAGUGAUGGAAU